AUGAGUAAAUGGAAGGUGGUGCUGGGACAGUACAACCGGGAACGCUGGGACGGACACGAGCUAGAGGUGAGCGUGGAUAAAAUCUUCAAACAUCCAGCAUACGACGACAGUGAGAUGGACAAUGACGUCGCUCUCAUAAAACUGUCAACGGCCGUCGUCUUCAACGACUACAUGUCGCCCGUGUGUCUGCCGACGGGCAACGACAGCGUCACCUAUGAGGGAGAACUUGCGAUCGUGACAGGCUGGGGCGCCACCAUCGAGGGUGAGUCAUGCGAUUCGGCAGCUGAGGAAGGUGGUUGCCGCGUCGGUGCUUAUUUUCAGGGAGACUCUGGCGGUCCGAUGGUAGUACGCGCGGGGAGUAAGUAUAAUCAGGUGGGCGUCGUCAGCUGGGGUUACGGAUGCGCCAGAGAUGGAUAUCCGGGCGUGUACGCGCGCAUGACGCACUACACGGAGUGGGUAACGCAGAUCGUGGCAGCAAACUAACGGUGGAGAAUGACUCAAACUUGGCGGAAAACUAACGGUGGAGAAUGACUCAAACAUGGCGGGAAACUAACGGUGGAGAAUGACUCAAACAUGGCGGGAAACUAACGGUGGAGAAUGACUCAAACAUGGCG